CGCACAGCUGCAGCAGACGUGUUUUUGCCGCGAAACGACACAAACAGCAGCGAAGCAAGUGUUGUGCUGGUGGUGCACGAUGCCGUUUGCGUUGAUGGUGGCGGAGAAGCCAGCCGUGGCUCGAGGAAUCGCGGGCAUCUUGGCGCCAGGCAGCACCAGUAAAUCGACGCAGGCGCAGUAUGUGCGGCUGUACGAGUUUCAGACGCACAUCAACGGCCAGAUGUGGGACAUCCGCCUCACCGCCGUGUGCGGCCAUCUCAUGGGCUGGGACUUUGACGAUGCCCACCGCAAGUGGCGAAGCAGCCCGCCAGAGAGCCUCUUUGACGCUCCGCUGCAGAUGACCUCACAUGGCGGCGGCGAUAACGGCGACAACAACAAGAAGAUCCUGGGUGUGCUGCAGCGGCACGUGCGCGGGUGCCAGAUGGUGCUGAUUGCCACCGACAGCGAUCGCGAAGGGGAGAACAUCGGCUUUGAAAUCAUCGAGGCGUGCAGGAAAACCAACAAGAGAUUUAUCGCUAAACGCAUGCGCUUCUCGGCCGUCACACCCGCUGAGAUCAACAACUCCCUGCGCAAUCUUACUCCGCCAGACCAGCGCCUCUCAGACUAUCGCGAGCGGGAGCGGUUUAUUCCCGAGGACUUUUGGCGCAUCAUCGCGAAGCACCGAUGCGAGGAGAUGACGGUUGACUUCAACUGGUCACGGUAUCGCGUGUAUGACGAGGACGUGUGCAGCGUCUUCCUCGAACUCUGCGAGGACGCAAAGAUCGCAACCGUCACCAACGUCACAGGCGAGUUCGAGAUGUGUCGUCCGCGCGACAAGUGGCGGCCCGUCGGCCUCACAACCACCGAGCUGCAGAAGAUUGCGUCACGCCGAUUCCGCAUGGCGCCAACAGAAGCGCUGAGCACGGCAGAGUCGCUGUACCAAAAGGGUCUCAUUUCUUAUCCGCGCACGGAGACGGACAUGUUUGACAAGAGCAUCAACCUGACGCGACUGGUGGAGAACCUCACGGCGCACACGGAGUGGGGCGCCUUUGCACAGACGCUGGUACCGCCAAACGGGGCGCCGAGCCCACGCAACGGGCGCAACACCGACGAGGCGCAUCCUCCAAUCCACCCGACCAAGAACAUCGCGCCCGCCGCACUCGCAUCGGACAAGGAGCGGAAGAUCUACGAGCUUGUGUGCCGGCACUUCCUCGCGUGUGUGUCGCGAAACGCGAAAGGACGCGAGACGACAGUCACCAUCACCGCGGCCGGAGAAACGUUUGUUGCCAAAGGUUUGGCCAUUCAUGACAGGGGCUACCUCGAAGUCUACCACCCGUUUGACUCGUGGAAGGGCAAGAUGAUUCCCGACUACUCGGUUGGGCAGCAGUUUGAACCAGACUUUCAGAUGCAAUCUGGGGAGACGGUGGCGCCGAAGCUGCUCUCAGAGGCCGAUCUCCUGACCCUCAUGGCAAAAUACGAAAUCGGCACGGAUGCGACGAUGGCCGAGCACAUUCGGACAAUUCAGCAGCGGCACUACGUUGAACUGACGCCACAGCGCGAACUCGUGCCCACCACCCUCGGCAUCGCCUUGGUCAACGGCUAUGAUGCCAUGAGUUUCACCAUCUCCGUCUCGCGUCCGGAUCUCAGGCGCGAAAUGGAAGCGAACAUGAAGAGGAUUUGUCGAGGACAAAUUUCAAAAGACGAUGUCAUUCGUGACGGUAUUGAAAAGUAUAGGAACGUCUUCAGCGUCGUCAAACGAGAGGUGCACAAACUCGAUGCCGCCAUGGCCGAACAGCUCGGUCCUCCAAACGGCCGUCCAGGGGAGGUGCCCGUUGCUGUUCGCCGCUGUCCCGCGUGCAACCAAGCUGACCAGGUGCUUCGACGGACGGCGCAGGGGAAAUACAUGAUUGGCUGCACGCGGUACCCAGCGUGUCGGGCGAGCGUGUGGCUGCAGAACCUGGCCGAGUGUGCGGUGGACGCGGACACAUGUGCACGAUGCGGUGCAACCAAACUCAAGAUGAAGUUCAAGCCAAACACUCUUCCCCCAUACAUUCAGCGCGGCCGGUCCAAUAUCGUCGCGUGUCUGUGCGACAGUGAGCUCUCCCUCUACCUCGAUGGUGGUGGUGGAGGUGGAGGUGGUGGUGGAGGUGGAGGUCGAACCACAACAGCAGCAUCAGGAACAACAGGAGCAACAACGUCUGGAAGGGGUCGGGGAACAACAACAGCAGUAGCAACACGACCGCCAGCGACAUCAAGCCGUGCAAACGGUACACGUGGCGCAAAGAGGAGCGGGGACCAGAGAACACAGACGGGAUCAAGGGCAGCCAACACAUCGUCCUCCAAACGAAGCAAACAGCAGCAGCAGCAGCGAGGGAGGAGGGGCAGUGAUGGCGAUGAUGUGGUGGUGGUGGAUGAGGAUUCCUUGGACUGGGCAGCACUUGACGAGAUGCUUGACAACGACUCCCACACGGACGACCACAACAGCGCACAACGGAACCGCAGUUCCACUGGCGGUGGUGGUGGUGACGAUGAUGAUGACGCGGCUGAACUUGCAAUGUUGCUUGAUGAAGAUGACAGACACAACGGCCACGAGGAUGAUGGCUGGAAUGGAUUUGGCGAUGGUGUUAGUGGCGGUCGUGAUGGUGGGCACGAUAACAGCUUUGGGAAUGGGUUUGACGCAACGACCCGUCGGCGUGAUGAACGAUACCUCAACAGCGGACGGUCGCGAAUGCUUCACGGCCACGGCCACCCGGACGGCGCUGGCAUGACGCUCACGCGCGAUCGAAGGCGACAGGGACGCGAUGAUGGUGGUGGUGGUGGUGGUGGCGGUGGUGGUGGUGGUGGUGGCAUGUACGGAGGAGGACGAGGAAGAGGUGGUGGUGGUGGACAUGGAGAUGAUGAUGGUGAUGACGAGGCGCGCCCUGUUUGUGAUUGCGGCGCUGAGGCAAUCAAGCUUACGGCGCGCAGUGAACAGAACAGCGGGCGCGCGUUUUUCAAGUGCAACAACCGAAAUGAUGACGGCAGCAACGCGUGCAACUUCUUCCAGUGGGCAGACGAGCGUGGCCCGCCGUGCUCGUGCAACCGCCCCUCUGUUCGGUUGGAGUGCAAGAACGGCAGCAACUCCGGUCGCAUCAUGUUCCGCUGCGUGCGGCGCGACGACCAGCAAUGCGACUUCUUCCAAUGGGAGGACGAGCAGCAGCAACGUGGCGGUGGUGGUUUCCGUAUGCACGGCGAUGCUUCCAACAACACAACGGGAGAAGGAGGAGGAAACAUGAGUGCCAGUCGCGCUGGCGACACCGUCAUGUGUGGCUGUGGACAACCGGCCCCGCUCAAGACCGUCACAAAGGAGGGGCCAAACAAGGGUCGCCAGUUCUACUGCUGCUGCCGGCCGUACGGCGCGCAGGACAACUGCUCGUUCUUCAUGUGGGCCGAUGACGACAAUGACGACGGUGACGACGCCGCUCCCGGCACUCGCAGCAUGUUCAGUGGCGCAGAGAGCAACUUGAAACGGUAA